AUGUUGUUACCGAUGGGACAACUAUUCCUUUUGCUAGGAUUAGUGCUUCAGUUUACCAACGGUCUGUUUAUUAAUCCGUACGAAAAAAUAUGGCCUCGUGGUCAGUUUUUGUCCUCCCCGACGAAAGGGAACAAUGGAAAGCCUCUACUGCUGACACCCUACAUCGAAAGCGGAAACAUAUCGGAAGGUCAAAGUGCGGCCCGAGUCCAACACAGCCGUAUUCAAGGGAUUGAGUCGUACGCAGGAUUUCUCACGGUAGACAAACGCUUCAACUCAAACCUCUACUUCUGGUACUUUCCGGCGAAAGCGAAUCGCACAACGGCGCCGCUCAUUCUCUGGCUACAGGGUGGCCCCGGCGCAUCAUCUCUGUUCGGACUGUUCGAAGAGAAUGGUCCGUUACGUAUCACGAGCGAUCUGGUGGCAGUAGAACGGGAGCACUCCUGGUACGAGAACCAUCAUAUGCUGUACAUUGAUAAUCCGGUAGGGACGGGAUUUAGCUUCACCGACAGUGAAACGGGCUAUGCACGCAACCAGGUGCAGAUAGGCGAGGAGCUUUACUCAGCUGUGGUGCAGUUCUUGCGACUCUUUCCGCAGCUACAAUCACUUCCAUUCUACAUUACGGGAGAAUCGUAUGCGGGAAAGUAUGUGCCUACGCUAGGUCAUACGAUUCACCAGAAGAAUAUCAACCCAACAUCACUCUUUGUUAAUCUGGCGGGUAUGGCAAUUGGUAACGGGUACAGUGAUCCCGUGAAUCAACUAAACUACGGCGAAUAUCUGUACCAGCUCGGAUUGAUUGAUAGCAAUGCGCUGGAACGUUUCGAACAGGAUGAGCAAACCGUCACAACCUGCCUCACCAAGGACAACUAUCGCUGUGCGUUCGACAUUAUGGACGAUUUGCUCGAUGGUGACGAAAACGGUGGUGGUUCAUUCUUUCGCAACGUGAGCGGGUUCGAAACGUACUACAAUUAUCUGCACUCCGCCGAAGAUCCUACCGAUGCAGUAUAUUUGGUAGGAUUCUUAAAUCUUGACGAAACGCGACGCGCUUUGCACGUCGGUGAUCAACCGUUUCACGAUCUCGACCAGGACAAUAUGGUCGCACGAUUCCUGGAGGAGGAUGUGUUCGCGAGCGUUGCACCAUGGAUUGCCGAGCUGUUGCAACACUACCGGAUCAUGUUCUACAACGGUCAGCUGGACAUUAUCUGUGCCUAUCCGAUGAUGGUGAACUAUCUGCAGAUGUUGCUGUUUGAUGGUGCCAACUUCUACCGGAGCGUACCAAGAGGGAAGCUAGAGAUAGACGGCGAAAUUGCGGCCUACUUUAAGGUGGCAUUCGGUCUGGUGGAGGUUUUGGUGCGUGAUGCGGGUCACAUGGUACCGCGCGAUCAGCCCAAAUGGGCGCAUCGGUUAAUAACGGCAUUCACACACCCGAGUACGAUCGAAGGGUUUGUCUAA